GCCCCGACGGCGCCGUCACCUGGAGACCCCCGGCGCUCUUCCGCAGCCGCUGCCCCAUCCGGGUGUCGCACUUCCCGUUCGACUGGCAGAACUGCUCGCUGAAUUUUCCGCUCGGGCUCCUACGGCCCCGGCGAGCUGCGGCUGCAGCCGGGGGGCCCGGCCGGGCCCGGGGGGCCGCAGGUGGCGCUGCCCCCCGACUUCCAGGAGAACGGGCAGUGGUCCCUGGUCCAUCGCUCGGGGGGCACCUGGGGCCCCCCGGCCUCACCUGAGGGCGUCUCCUUCCACCUGGUGCUGCGGCGGAAGCCGCUCUUCUACCUGGCCACGGUGCUGGUGCCCUGUGUGCUGACCACGCUUGCUGGCCGUCGGCGUCUUCCACCUGCCCCCCGACGCAGGUGAGAAGAUGUCUCUGUCGCUCUUUGCCCUGCUGACGCUGACCGUGUUCCUGCUGCUGCUGGCCGACAAGGUGCCGGCCACGUCGCUGCAGGUGCCGCUCAUCGGCCGUUACCUGACGGGGACGCUGGUGCUGCUGGCGCUGGUGGUGGCGCUCAGCGUGGGCGUGCUCAACCUGCACCACCGCUCGCCCGGCACGCACGGCAUGCCCCGCUGGGCACGGCAGGCGCAGGACGAGUGGCGGGCGCUGGCCAUGGCCGUGGACCGGCUCUGCCUGUGGGCGCUGCUGCUGCUCACGGGGGGCUGCGCGCUGGGCACGGGGCUGGACGCGGCGCUGCACCGGCCCCCCGAGACCCCCUUCCCCUGACCCAAAACACCCCGAAAUCACCCCAAAAAUACACCCAAAAUACCCUGAAAAUAUCCUGAAAUUAUCAUAAAAAUAUCCUGAAAUUAUCAUAAAAAUAUCCUGAAAUUAUCAUGAAAAUAUCUUGAAAAUUUCAUAAAAAUAUCCCCCCCCCAAAAAAAAAAAAUCCCCGAAAAUAUCCCCAAAAUAUCCUGAAAAUAUCUCAAAAAUAUCCCCAAAAUUAUCACCAAAAAUAUCACAAAAAUAUCCCGAAAAUAUCCUGAAAAUAUUCUGAAAAUAUCCCAAAAAUAUACCGAAAAAUAUCGCAAAAAUAAACCCAAAAAAUUCCCAAAAAAUUAAAAAAAAAUCCCCAAAAAUACCCCAAAAUUAUCCCUUAAAUAACCCCAAAAUAUCCUGAAAUUAUCACAAAAAUAUCCUGAAAUUAUCAUAAAAAUAUCCUGAAAUUAUCAUGAAAAUAUCCUGAAAUUAUCAUAAAAAUAUCUUGAAAAUUUCAUAAAAAUAUCCCCCCCCCAAAAAAAAAAAAAAUCCCCAAAAAUAUCCCGAAAAUAUCCCCAAAAUAUCCUGAAAAUAUCUCAAAAAUAUCCCCAAAAUUAUCACCAAAAAUAUCACAAAAAUAUCCCGAAAAUAUCCAAAAAAUAUUCUGAAAAUAUCCCAAAAAUAUACCGAAAAAUAUCGCAAAAAAUAAACCCAAAAAAUUCCCAAAAAGUUAAAAAAAAUAUCCCCAAAAAUACCCCAAAAUUAUCCCAAAUAAAAAACCAAAAAUAUCCUGAAAAUAUCUCAGAAAUAUCCUGAAAAUAUUCUGAAAAAACCCCAAAAAAUAUAUCGAAAAACAUCACAAAAAUAACCCCAAAAAAAUUCCCAAAAAAUAAAGAAAAAGUCCCCAAAAAUACCCCAAAAUUAUCUUUUAAAUAUCCCCAAAAUAUCCUGAAAAUAACCCAAAAUAUUCCGAAAUUAUCCCCAAAAUAUCCCAAAAAUGUUCUGAAAAUAUUCCAAAAAUAUCCCCAAAAAUUUUUUUAAAAAUCCCCAAAAUUAUCC